AUCACUCUCUCUCUCUCUCUCUCUCUCUCUCUCUCUCUCAUGAUUGAAAAAAUAAAACCCUUAUCAUUUUUCUCUUAGCAUUCAACGGUCGAAUUUUUCGAAAUCUCUCUGGUUCUCCCUGUUUUCUCUCUCUAGCUUUCACUCUUCAGACCCAGAACUUGGGAAUCCCUUUUUUCUUCUCAAAUUCAAGCCCUAGAGGUCUGCCACUCUGCUUCUGAGUUUUGGUUAGGCAAGAAAGAGUUUGAUUUGGGUUUUAAUUUUCAGACAUCACACUUGACUUGAAGAUUUUCUGAGUGAAGUUUUUGAAGAUCAUACUAUAUAUGGUAUAGUUAACUUAAAACGCAACAGGUCAAAGCAAUAUGCCUUCGCAAAUGGAAACAACAUGUGGAUCUCUUUUACAUGAACUGCAGAUAAUAUGGGAUGAGGUUGGGGAAUCUGAUGCUGAAAGGGACAGAAUGUUGCUUGAACUGGAACAAGAAUGCAUGGAGGUUUACAGAAGAAAAGUAGAUCAGGCUAACAAGUGUAGAGCUCAGCUGAGGCAGGCAAUUGCUGAUGCUGAGGCUGAGCUUGCUGCCAUCUGCUCUGCAAUGGGGGAGCGGCCAGUACACAUUAGGCAGUCUGAUCAAAGCACUGGAAGCUUGAAGGCUGAACUCAGAGCCAUCCUUCCGGAGAUAGAGGAGAUGCGGAAGAGGAAGUCUGAUAGGAAAAAUCAAUUUAUAGAGGUGUUAGAGGAGAUACAGAGGAUUAAGAAUGAAAUCUACUGGUCAGGAGGGUAUGUUUCUAAUAACAUAGCAGUAGAUGAAACUGAUUUGUCUCUCAGAAAGCUUGAUGAAUUGCACAGAGAACUGCAGGCGCUUCAAAAAGAAAAGAGUGAACGUUUGAAGCAGGUUUUGGAGCACCUGAAUUAUCUGUACUCAUGCUGCUCUGUACUCGGGUUGGAUUUUAAGCAAACUGUCUGUGGGAUUCACCCAAGCUUAGGGGAAUCUGACGGUUCAAAAAGCAUUAGCAAUGAUACCAUAGAACAAUUGGGCAUUGCCAUACAAAAACUGCGAGAGGUGAAAGUUCAGAGAAUGCAGCAGUUACAAGAUCUUGCAACUUCAUUACUGGAGCUCUGGAACUUGAUGGACACACCAAUUGAAGAGCAACAGACGUUUCAGAAAGUUACAUGUAAUAUAGCUGCCUCAGAAGAGGAGAUAACAGAGCCUGGCAUGCUUUCUGCUGACUUCAUUAAUUAUGUUAAAGCUGAAGUUUCACGAUUGGAGGAGUUGAAAGCAAGCAAAAUGAAAGAGCUUGUUCUGAAGAAGAAGGCAGAGCUAGAAGAUAUUUGUAGGAAGACACAUCUGAUUCCAGAAUCAGAUAGUGCAAUUGACUUAGCUGUAGAUGCUGUUGAAUCUGGAGCUGUUGACGCAUCGUUUGUGCUUGAACAAAUUGAGCUUCAAAUAUCUAGAGUUAAAGAGGAGGCUCUUAGCAGGAAAGAAAUCCUUGAAAAGGUGGAGAAGUGGAUGACUGCAUGCCAGGAAGAGAGCUGGCUUGAGGAGUACAACAGGGAUGACAAUCGCUAUAAUGCUGGGAGAGGUGCUCAUCUCACUCUGAAACGUGCUGAAAAAGCUCGUGCAUUAGUCAACAAACUUCCGGCAAUGGUAGAUACAUUGACUUCAAAGACCACAACAUGGGAAAAAGAGAAAGGAGUUGAUUUCACUUAUGAUGGUGUCCGUCUGCUUUCCAUGCUUGAAGACUAUCUGGUUUUACGGCAAGAGAAGGAACUAGAGCGCAAACGGCAGAGGGACCAGAAGAAACUUCAGGAACAGUUACUAACUGAGCAAGAGGCUCUUUAUGGUUCAAAGCCAAGCCCUAUGAAGAAUCAGAGUGCAAAGAAAGGGCGUAGAUUAUCAUGUGGUGGUGGUCCAAACAAUAGAAGACUUUCUCUUGGUGGACCUAUGCUACAGACUCCUAAAGCUGACAUGCCUCCUUUGGCAAAAGCUACUCCUAAUACGCGCAAUGCCAAAAAAACUGAACGUAUUAAUCAGGACUGUCUUAGGGAUGAUGGAUUUGCAGCUCUCUCUUCUGGGAGGAGAGGUUUGGACUUAGCUGGUCUUCCUAUAAACCAGCAUUCUCUCAAUUUACAAAAUGCUCGAGAAAUAGAGUCGCCCAUCAUACGAAAGCCGUUCUCUCCCAUUUCUUCCACAGAUUCGUCAAAGUCCAGUGCAACAAAUAUUCUUGAAGCCCUGAACAGAAAGCACAACGAUAUGUUGCCAAAGGCGAUUACAAGCGACAGCACACCAUUCAGCACACCUUCCAAGACUAUGGCCGAUGUUGAAAAUAGAACGCCUCAAGCAAUGGCAAUUCCUGUACCUUCAACACCAUCAACAGUAUCCAUCCCAAUGCAGAUGGCCAUAACACCGGCUCCAGCGCAAAUGUCCAUAACACCAGCUCCAAUUCAGAAGGCCCUCUUACCAGCUCAUACUGCACUCAAAUCAGUUGACGAGGAGAUCGAAUACUCAUUUGAGGAAAAGAGAGCUGGAUUUGUGUUGCCCAGAUCACAUCCAAUCAAUGUGAUGCAAGUUUAGCAAGUUCUGAUGUUGAUCGAAUA